UGAGCGAGAGAAUUAGUCGAAGUGAAAUGCUUCUGGCAGUUUGUAUCCAGAAUGUUUUAAUAUUUUGUUCGUUCCCCCUGAAUGCAAACUAAACAUGUUGAUUUGUGGCUUUUAAAAUCUUCUCUUUCCUUGGAAAUGGUCUAACUUGUGCGUAUGAGUGGUUCUCUCGGCUGUAUAAUACAGCUGGUUUAGACUAUAGGCAGGCAUUGGUUCUCAUAUACAACACCAGCACGUUUCACUCUGCAGCAGCCACCACCUCCGGCAUCAGCACGCACCAUCAUCAUCAUCAUCAUCAUCAGGUGCAGGUCGAGGCUUCUUUUGGAGCUCCGCUGAUACAUGAAGAAGACAGAGUGAAGCUCACAAAGCAAUGCUCGUAGUGGGCUGGUGGCGGCUCGGGCACAGUUGAGCGUGUUGAAUGAGGAAGCGGCUACCGGGACUGCUUGGUGUUCUUUUCCCGUCCAAACGAGCCUCUUACUGGGAGGGACAUGCCAGCCGGGCGAUUAACGCAGCCUCCUCGGCUGGAGGAGUAAAUGGGACCGCACGUCAUCCGAGGGAGAAAGAUGGAGCGAUUUUUUCUCCUCGUUCUCAGCUGUUUUGGCGUCUCGCGGGUUUCAGCGGAUACCUUGUCCCCCCCUGUCAAUGUUACCAUCAAAGCAGUGAAAGCUAACUCUGCUCUGGUGACAUGGGACAUCCCCGAGGGAGACCCUGUCAUUGGCUUUGCCAUCACACAGCAGAAGAAAGACGUGCGUAUGCUACGAUUCAUCCAGGAAGUCAACACCACCACACGCUCCUGUGCAUUAUGGGACUUAGAGGAAGAGACAGACUACAUUGUGCACGUGCAGUCCAUCAGCAUGUUUGGGACGAGCCCGCAAAGCGAACCUCUUCGCUUCCGAACACCGAAGGAGGCCGAGACUCAGGCUUCUAAGAAUAAAGACGAAGUAACAAUGGAGGAAGUGGGCCAGACCAACCAGUUGAGGGCGGGUGAGCUCAUCAUCAUUGUGGUGGUGCUUAUCAUGUGGGCAGGCGUGAUCGCUCUCUUCUGUCGCCAGUAUGACAUCAUUAAGGACAAUGAGCCCAACAACAACAAGGACAAAGCCAAAACCUCAUCAGAGUGCAGCACUCCUGAACACCCGUCAGGGGGUCUGUUGCGCAGUAAGUUCUCCAAGAACAACAACAGGAUGCCAUCUGUCAACAUCAUUGAAGUGUGACUGUCUUCCCUAUACACUAAAGACUUGGUCUCACAAACCAGCAGGCCCUUUUAGGCAAAUCUGCUUGUCAGGAUGCAUCACGUACGUCUCGCUUGCCGCGGGCCUGCCAAUGAAGCAAAGCUUGCGGGGACUCCAGGGAUUUAGGAACAACUUGGCCAGCGUAAGAAGAGAUCCCAAAGUGGAGCGACUUCAGGGAGAGUUGAGCGGAUUUGCCAUGAUUAACAACUACCGUACCAUGGGGGAGGCAGAGAUUAGGGCCAAAUGGUCCUGGCAGUGGACAAACUGCUGAUAAAGCAACCCCUUGGACCAAUGUCGAUAAAGCUGAGCCAGAGACCUUUUCAUCCGCUCUCCCAUUUCUUCUCUGUCUUUUAGUGGGUCGUGAUUUGACCGUACAUACAGUGUGUGAGGGGUUCCCACUGUGUCUAAAUGUUCCUUUGUGGCGUAAUUUAAUCCCAUCAUCUAGAUGUUGUAUUGUUCUAACAUUCUUUCAACCAAUGUAUUUUUAUUUAUUUAUUUAUUUUUUUAU